CACGCAGUGGAGCUUCAAGAAAGUUGUGGUGUGCGGAAUGAGCUAAAAAACUCUGAAAGACUUUUUUCUCUCGCACUCUUUCCUCGGGAUGGAGGUCAGCGUGGGCGACGUAGUGAUGCCGGGUGACAAACUGAGUAUCGUCGUACCGGUCAAGAAGGAACGGGGAAACGAGAAGGAGGUCGUGAUCCUGGGUCCUGGACUACGCCGCGAGGGCGAUACCGUGCUCGUCUGCAAGGCGGGUGUCCUGAGAAAACGCGAGCCGGCCGUCUAUUACGUAGAUUGCUAUCAGAAACGAUAUAUUCCCAAUCGCGGCGAAAACGUGAUUGGCAUAGUGACGCAGAAAAGCGGUGACAUUUACAAGGUGGACAUCGGAGCGAGCGAUCAGGCGACACUAUCCUAUCUAGCCUUCGAGGGUGCCACAAAGAAGAAUCGGCCUGAUGUGCAGGUCGGUGAUCUGGUGUACGCCAAACUACUGGUCGCCAGCAAAGACAUGGAGCCGGAAUUGGUAUGCGUGGACUCACACGGCAAGGAGAACGAUCUGGGUGUGCUAAGUUCGGAUGGCAUGAUGUUCACCUGUUCGCUGAGCCUCGUGAGAAAGUUGCUCAAUCCAGAGUGCCCGUUGUUCAAGUUACUUGGCCAGAAUCAGAUGUAUGAACUCGCCGCCGGGAUGAACGGUAGGAUAUGGAUCAAGGCGCGAUCGGUUCAAGAGACAAUAGCUGUGGCGAACGCUAUUCUAGCGGCGGAGUACACGAUACCUAGUGAGAUGCAAAAACUCUGCACAAAAAUCGAGAAAAUCUUUCUUUUAGGGUAACGUCUCGCUUGACUUGGACUGUUAAUGCGAAAAAAUAGAUAUUUGUUCGAAGGUUCGAUGUUUCUUCCCAAUAAAGCUGAGAAGAAAUUAAAAUUUUCUCUUAUACAUAAAUGAACACAAAUGCUCUUUGAAAACAAUCCCACCAUGCGAAAUAACAACUACUUGCGGUUAUCAAUGACAGUUACAUUUAUUGUAUCAAUAUUUGUAAUAAAUUCUUUAAAUAAGUCUGGAAUUUUUCUUAAUUGAUAUUUCAUGUGUAAAACUAUUAUAGACUGAGACAACCAUUGUGACAACCUGGCGAUCGCGGACUAAAACUAUAGGUGCAAUUAUCACUAAAAGCGGAAACGACAAGUAUAUGAUUGUACAACAAUGAACGCAAAACAAUAUAGAUAUUGAUGUAAUUUAGCGAUUAUAGAAAUGAAAAAGAGACUCGCUUCUCGUAGGAAAUUCAAUGUUUAAUUUCAUGUUAACAAAAGAAACUUGAUGACAUUCGGAUAUUACACAUAUCGAUGUUACACUAAUAUCGCAAACGGUAUCGAUACAAAGAUACAGAGUGCAGAGCGCCGCUAAUUAUGAUAAUUUCCAUUACGUCUUGCUGAUAUGUGCCUAGUAAUGCUCUCCUCGGCCCGCUUGUGCCGUGCGCGCGACUAUAUACGAUGUUAUUUGCCGUGAUAAUCUAGACAAUGACGGUAUUGCACUCAAGCACAACCAUUACUUUCAUCUUGUAAAAUGUUACCUUGAAAAAAAAAAAAAAA